CGCAGCCCUACCAGUCGCUGAGCUCUGUUGCAGUCUCUGAUCUCUCACACUUUCUGCUCUCGAGUUCGCGUAGAACUUUCCACCUCCGCUUUCCUCUCUCUCCGUCGGCCGGCCGUCGGCGGUGGCCGCCGGUGAAAGAUUUUCGAUAAUUCCGUUUCUGAAGGAGUUGAUGGAGAGCUCAGGUGACCAGGCAACAACGGGUUUAGACCCUCAACAUUAUUUGAGAUGUCAUCACUGUGCAGGUCCUCUAUCUAAAGAUAUGGAAACUAGUGAUUGGACGGUACCGCCUCUUAUCAGGGACAGCUUCUCCAUGAUUGGAUCUGCUGUAGGUGGAACAACAAGCGCAUUUUAUGGAUUCAAUCACGUGAUGCCAAUUGUUCGAAAGUGGGUGAAAGGGCCAAUGUGGUUGCAUUUCCUUAUUGGAGCCCCGCCAGUCAUAGUGUUCUCUUCAGCUUGUGCCGGCUUGGCAGGUGGUGCAGUUCCAGCACUCGCCCAACUCGCUUCUUCGUCUUACCAUGCAGCAGUCUCAUCUCCAUCUCCGCCACCUCCUUCACCGUCGGUUGACGACAAGAUCCACAAGUCGAGAACUUCAUCUACUCUGUAAAAAUCACCACAAGCAGGCCUCUGCGUGCAAGGUUUGCCUGUACAGAUAGUAAUCGAGAGCUCCAUGAAGUUUACUCAUGGUAUACAUGUUUACUCUUCUUAACCCAAUAUAAGUGAUUACUUUGCUCACUAAUUAUAUGUUAUAAAUUAAACGACAUUAGUGGUUAAUUCGUGUAUUUUCAUCAUGCUGAUUUGGAGUUUUUUUGUUAUUUACAUCGAGUUUAUACAUUCUCUUUGACUGAUUCUUAAUA